CUUUCCAUGCAGAAUGGGGACAGUUCUGUGGAUUCCUCCAGGCAGGACCUGCUGUGCCUAAACGAGUUUGUUUCUUUAUGUUUCAAGGUGCUGAUUAACAUCUAGGGUAGAGACUCUGAGGCUACAAAAUCAGUCCAAUUCUGCAUAGAUUGUAGGUAGUCAGAGGAGACUUGCAAGUAGCCAGUCACUUGUAUGCAGUCAGAAGAAACAUCUUGCAGAUGCAGAAAUGACCACGUAGGACAGAUUUGCGUACACAAUUUAGGUGGGUAGAAGAUGUUUUGCAUGUAGCUCAGGAUAAUCGCUGGGGAUGGACCAUGUGUGUGCUGGAGCGGCCCCAAGGAGCAUGAGACAGCUGGAUGUAACUGCACAGUAACUCAUGAGUCAGUCUCAUCUGCUCCAGCCAACACCACCACUACGAGGACCUUUGCAACUGAAACUCCUCUUGCCAACUGGACACUGACUGACUGUCCUGUUCAAGGACUUGAUUCCUCACAGUGAUGCAAUAUUAGCAAAAUCACACCCCGUUGACCACCCAAGAAUCAUCAGAUUUAGCCCUUCCCUAUCCAUAUGGACCAGAAAGUAAUAUUUUUUCUAUUAAAUUAUGGCUACCCAAGCCCUCAGCAAGCAGACAUGGGUGUCUUUGAGAGUGCUGUCAUUACUUUGGGCAGUCAAACUGAUAACUGAACACAGAGAUAACAUUUCAUGUUAUAUCCAGCUAUUGGCUAAAACUGUACCCAGGCUGAGUUCAAACAGAGCAUGAGAUGGUAGAGGUUGAAGUCCUUUGGUUAAAGGUAUCUCACCUCAUUCCAUAAGGAGUCUAAAAGUACUUUUGGAUUCCUUAGCAAACAUGAACAAGAUAGAGGUCUAUCUCCAGUUUUCUAAUCCUCUAUGCUUUCUUCUCUAACCCAUUUUCAAACAAGGCAUGUAGCUGCUCCAGAUGGUGGAGACAGAGAAGACAGAUCCCAGGUCUCAAAGUGCAGGGAACAUCCAGCACAGAGGGUUCUCAUACAAUUUGUUCAUGCUCAUAGCACCUUCUGAGAGGUUUGAAAAUCUGAGAGGAUAAAGGAGGUACAGGCUGUUUAGAGCAGUGAAAUUUCCAGUUUGGUGUGAAGGAGAUAACCUAGAGAGAGACAAUAUUUGAUUGGCUUAUUCUUUCUCAGUGAGGCAAAUUUUAGGUUAUGGACCUCUCUUGUAGCACAGCAACAUAGUAAGGGAGUUAAAGGUAAUAGGCAAUUAAACACAAACAAGAGACCAGGGGGCAUCCAAGGUUUUGGAAUGCCAAGUGUAUUAGUGGACAAAAUGUCACAAAAUAGGUUGCUGAAACUGUCCAUCUGGGCUCAGAGGUAAGUUCUGCUGCUAGACCUUCCUCACUUACCUUGAAGCAGCAAUAUAACCUUGCCUCAGUCCUAAUGAGGGAAAGCACUAGAGCUUAAUGUGACUACUCAAGUGACUUAAAAACCCGCAGAAAACCAAAGAAUCAAAACCCAAACAGAAGCAGAGCAGUGAUUUGAGCUUGAACCUGAGGGGUGUUGAUGUUCCUGAACUUGCAAGGACCUCAAGAACAGCAUCUCAUAGGUCUGUAUCUCUAACUAUUUAAAUAAAUGUAUUUAGGAAUCUAAACAUAAUUAAACUACCUUGGAAGAAAUAAAAAUAUCCACCUCUAAAAUUUAUUUUAUAGUUGAAACAAGAGUUCUCUCAAAGAAUAAAAGCAAAAUUGUUCAAAGAGAGCAGAAACAAGAACAAUAGUUCAUGCACACUGAUACACAUCGACUCUCUGCAUUCCCUUAGUAAGAUAGAAAAAGUCACUUUCAGUGAUAAGGCAAAACUCUCAUUGUAACCAACUGUUUAAAUGCAUUCAGGAAGCAGGAGGAUUCUUUAUUAAAAAAAAAAUUCUACAGAUUUUGAAGAAAGGAAUUUCAGAUAAUUCAGAACACUUCUGCUUAGCACCAUGUGGUGUUAAGUCCAACCCCAGAUAUGAAGUUACUUUUCCCUGCAGCAUAAAUAUGAGUACCAGAUCAGAUCCUCAGCUGGUAUCUGGUAUAAAUUCCCUUGUCUUCACUGACCAUAGGGAAGUGAUACAAUUUUUCAGCAGCUGAAAAAUGUUAUUUUUCAGGCACGUACAUGAAAUUAGCAUUAACGCACACUAUAUGUAAUUAGCAUUAAUACUUCAAAAUUGAAUGAAUAAAAACUAGGAUAGAAUUUCCUCUCACCACGACAAGAUCUUGGCGUUCCAAAGAAUACAUCCUCUUUGUUGAUGGACAUACUUAUAUUUGAUUGGCAAGAGAAAGGAAACAGAAGAUACUUAAUACUGGUCAAUAAAAAAUCCAUUUAAAACUGAAUACCCAUUGCAUGGCAGGUAAACUGAAAACCUUAGAAAGAACAUUUCCAUCUUGGUUUUUAUCUCCAGAGUGUCAGCUGACCAAAUAAGCAACUGUCCUGGGAGGCUGCUGUGACAACAAGUUAUAUUUACCAACUGCCACUUUCAAAGUGCACACUUGCUAAUAAGGUGAUAGAAGAAUAUUUGCACUCAUGUUUACAAAAAAAUGGAGCCAGCCCAUGGGAUCAGAGAGGACGGAGAUGCGCAAACGGCAGAUGUCUACGACCCAGGACACCCCAAGUGCUGCACAGGCUCAGCUCAGCACAGGAAAUCGAGGGUCCAAUGCCUGCUGCUUUUGUUGGUGCUGUUGCUGCAGCUGCUCAUGCCUUACUGUUAGAAAUCAAGAUGAAGAGAGAGCAAGGACAACAUCUCACGAACUACAAGCAGAGGGUAUUCCAAACUGCGAGGAAAGCCCUGCUCCUACUCUUGAAGAAGUAAAUGCCUGGGCUCAGUCAUUUGACAAGUUGAUGCUUACACCAGCUGGCAGAAAUGCUUUUCGUGAAUUCCUAAGAACAGAAUUCAGCGAGGAAAACAUGCUUUUCUGGAUGGCCUGUGAGGAACUAAAGCAAGAAUCCAACAAAAGUGCCAUUGAAGAAAAAGCAAGACUAAUUUAUGAAGAUUAUAUUUCUAUCCUUUCUCCAAAAGAGGUCAGCCUGGACUCGAGAGUAAGAGAAGUGAUUAACCGAAAUAUGCUGGAACCCUCACAACACACCUUUGAUGACGCACAGCUUCAAAUCUAUACCUUAAUGCACAGAGACUCUUACCCACGGUUUAUGAACUCUGCUAUUUAUAAGGACUUGCUUCGGUCCUUAUCUGAAAAACCCGUUGAAGCAUAGAAUUUAUUCUUAAAUGUAUUUGUUUUAAAACAAAUGGAACUCUGGGCUACAGAAAUCCACAGGGAAUUUAGAAUUAAUCAGAUAUCCACCUGAAAAUAACUCAGGCAAGUUUUACUACAGACUGAAUUAUUUAAAUCCGCACUGACAGGCUAUGUCACAAUCAGCUAAAUAUGGUUUCUGAUCAAAUUCAGUGUUAUUUUCCAAAAGGGAAUGAACAUAAUGAAGAGAAAAUGUUGUUCAAAAAUGCAGUAUUUUUUCAAACACAGCACACAACUCGGAAGCAAAAUUGUUACAAUGUGUGUCUGAGGUACAAAUGCCAACUGAGCAUGAAAACUAAAAUUAAUUUUUAGUGGAGUGUUAGAAUUGUCUUGAAAACCAAAUCAGUUGUCCCAUCCACACUGUGACCCAAGUUAAAAAUAUUACUGUCUAUACUGUGGUACUUACUCCAGGCAAUGCCAUCAUACCUGGCAUAGGUACACUCCACUUGUUUUGGUACAAAUAAUAUGUACAUGGUGUGCUAACGGAAAUCAGCACGGCAAUCUCAAGUUUACGAAAGUUGCUGGUUGAAAUAAUGCUGCCUAUAAAAAAAAAAAAUCUUUUGCUGAAGAGUUAUUAUUUUACUACUAAAAUCUGCUGAAAGCAUUAAGUUCCUAUUGUUGAUGUUUAUAAAGUUAAAUUAUUUACUUCAGAGGAAGACGUGUCUGGGCAUUCAAAUUCCAAAAUAAAGCACAAGAAUUGUCACAUAUUCUUCUUUUCCCUCAGUAGGUAUAUGUAAAAUCCUUCACUACUCACUCCCAAGAGGAUGGCAGUAUCAGCCAUCUUGGUUUUGUACAUAUUAAACUCCCCCAUUACCUGACAGAUCUUGUAAGGUUUCUACUACAGACACACACACAAUUUAAUUAAUAAAAGUAGGAAGCUUGAACUGUUGUGUUCUGACACAGCACUAUUUCAGACUGUCUGACAGCACCAGCUCUAUCCAGUAAUAAACCAUGUUUAUUUACUGGUA